GCCCCAAAACAAUUCAACAACUGGGCUGUUCGAAGUCAGGGCUGAUCUUAGGAAGCUUAAUUAGCAAGAUUGGGCUUAGCUAUAACUCACAGAUGCCGGAAUUCAGUGGAAUUUUGCAGAGGUAGGAAAUCGGAAAAUUCAGAGACGAAAAUACUCUUUGAUCCAGUCAAGGGAGAGACCUAACAAACUCCCCAAACUCUGCUUCACGUGUGAUGCAAAAUACGCGCCUACAGUUUCAAACCUGAGACCUAGUAAGAGGCGAGUGCACAAAUGUUAUAUGCCACGAACGUAAAGAGAUUUAACCUUUGUACCCAAAAAGCUCCUUCGCCUCGAUCUGCGCAUGUGAUCACCUUACAGUAAACAAASCCAAGUCUUUGAACAAAGAAUAACGCGUUUACUAAAAUGGCAAGCAUUGGUACGCCUUUAAAAGAGCUUAACGCUCUAAGCUGGAGGACGCGAAUAUGCUAUAGCUUCGGACACAUUCUCAACGAUUUAUGUGCUGCAACUUGGUUCACUUACUUAUUGAUUUACAUGAAGAAUAUAGUACAAUUUUCGAGUGCUGCUGCUGGGACUCUGCUACUACUAGGUCAAAUAUUCGACGCAGUGUUCACACCGUUUGUCGCCUUUGAGAUGGAUAAAACUCGAAACUGGAAAUAUGGUUCUAGAAAGAACUGGCACCUWGCUGGAAGUGUCGUCUUGGCCAGUGCGUUYCCUUUCGUAUUCAACUUGUGCAUUCGUUGUGGGAAUGCUGAGCACUGGGCAAUGUUUUUCUACUAUGUACCGUUUAUAUUUCUGCUCCAGUUAGGCUGGGGUUGUGCGCAGAUUUCACAUCUGUCUCUGAUUCCCGAGCUUGCAGAUUCUCUGCAUGAUAAAUGUGAACUGAAUGCUGGACGGUACGCUGCUACAGUAGCUUCCAAUAUUUUCGUAUUCAUCAUCACUUGGAUCAUGUUAGACUCAGGAAAAGAAGCCUCGGAUCCAAACCAGCUUUCAACAUCUGACGCCACGGCUUUUAUGUAUGUGGUGUUCAUAGUUGUCGGGGUUGGACUGUUCUUCGUCACGAUCUUCCACAUCGGUGUCAAGGAACGACCACGUGACGCGUCCCAUGAGUUCGCCACCAAGUCAAGCAGACGGUCUGCUUCCAACUGGGUCAUGUGGUUUAAGGUGCCGCUGUUUUAUCAGACAGCCAUCAUGUACAUGUGUGUACGUCUAAUCGUCAAUAUCACUCAAGUUUACAUUCCAAUGUAUACGCUGGAGACGCUUCAUCUUACCAAGGAUAAAAUAGCUAUCAUGCCGUUGAUUGUGUAUGUCAGUGGAUUCGUGUCCACUUUCUUGUCCAAACCACUCAACAAGUACAUUGGUCGCAAGGGAGUGUUCCUUUGUGGACUAAUAACCAUAUUUGCUGUUUGCAUAUGGAUGUGGUUUCUGCCUCCUCGUAAUGCGCAGGUCUAUGGCGUUAGUGUUUUGAUUGGCGUUGGGGGAUCAACGUUACUCGUUACUGCGUUGACUAUGCUAGCUGACCUCAUAGGAGAAAAUGUGGAAACUGGUGCAUUCGUGUAUGGAGCUAUGAGCUUCAUGGAUAAGAUGUCUAAUGGAAUCGUAGUCCAGAUCAUACAGGCAUUAUACCCUAAAAAGCCCAAUGCAGGCGGUUUCUACUAUAAACAAAUUAUGGUGUUUGUAGCUGGCACUGCUGCUUUAGUAGCACUAAUAACUCUUCUCACAACACUAAGGAAAAAAUCAACGGAUCAUAUUAUACAAGGUUCAGGACAAAAAAGUAUAAGCACAGAUGACGAGAGGCAGUGCCUCCUUCCAUCCUCAUCAGAACACUCUUUAACUACAAGUCUAGGUUAUUCUUGGUCUCUACUUCAUCUGAAGGGUCCUCUGACACCUUAUGAACCAUUUAUUAGCCACUCACAGCCUGAAAAUACUGAUGAAACAAUACAACUGAACAGUGGGAGACAGCAUCAAGAUUAUUCAGUCAAUGAAAGUAGAUCAAUAGCAUCAUGAUAUUGAAAAAAUGAUUUAAAUAAGGGGUGAUCUGAUAACUUACAAGCUAUUUAUUAGCCACUCACAGCCUGGAAAUACUGAUGAAACACAACUGAACAGUGGGAGACAGCAAGAAUAAGCUCUAUGUAUGCCAUGUGGGCUGCUGACACUUUGUCACUCAUGUCCUGUCACCCUGCACAGUGCAAUACACUUUUUUUUCUAAGAAGUAUUUUUUCCACCUCUCAAUUUAAAAAUGAUAAUUAAAAAAGAACAAA